AUGGCGUCUUCUCUUUCCAGUCGACCGACCUUAUCGGGGUUCCCUUUGCUCACUGCCGAGGAAUUUGAAACUGCCUGUCACGCCUUUCUAGAUCGGAUUCACGUGGUGGAUGAUACCAAGGUGGGAUGGUCCUCCAUCCGUCUCGAUCAGCGGGCAACCGGGCCCAUCUUGAGUAUUGCAAGGGAUAUCGGUCAUGUGGGUACUCGUGAUCGCGACGAGCCCCUCCCGGACCCAGAGAUGAUCGAAGAACUACAGUGGGAGGCCUCGGAAGAAGAUCCCGAAGCUCUCAUUCGUGCGCCCGAGACGAGUGUCCGUUUACAGGUAAUCUAUUAUAUUCUGCUUUCUCCCACGUACCACGUCCCUGUCUUGUAUUUCCAGUUACGGCAGGACAACCAUCCGGGGCCGCUGGGAAUUGACGCGGUCUACCAACACCUGGUACCGGAACAAUACAGAAAGGAACUCCAGAGCAUUGGCAUCAUGGGUGGUAUUAGUUUUGGCUAUCAUCCAGACUCCGGAACUCCAGCGUUUUUCGUUCAUCCAUGCCAAACAACGGAUGCGAUGAGGCACAUUGCAGGACAGCUCUGUCUCACUCCCGAGACUUAUCUCAUGAUCUGGCUCGGGUUGGUGGGUAACCGUCUCGGUCUUCAGCUGCCCAAGGAACUCUUCACAGUCGAAGGCAUGAGGACAUUCCAAGGCACUGCGUCACACAGUUUAGAUUGA